CACUGACCCACCUCUUCUUCUCCACUUUUCCCUUCCAGUGUGCAGCAUCUGAAAAUGGCGAAGUUACUCCUCCUUCACACCCCUCACUUCACCCCCAAAAUCCACCACCGAUCCUUCACUUCCAUCCUCUCCAAAUCCCAAACCAUCUCAUUCCUCCGCCUCUCCUCCUCCCCUUCUCCGCCGCUCUCCAUUUUCCACCCUCCGUUCUCUCCUCUCCCUUCCAUCCCAUCUCUUUCCUCCCCAGUCAUCCAAUCCCACCGAAGACUAAUCCCUGCCUUUUCAUUUUCCUCUCGAGCCUUCGAUGAUUCCUCCUCCCCUCCUGAGACCCAGAUUGAACAAGAAUUGGAACACCAACAGAAAGAAGAACCCGACCGAAUUCAAAGUGGUCGAAAGACCGAGACUGAGGAUUACCCUAGUGGGGAGUUCGAGUACGAGAAGAUGGGUGCUUGGAAGAGUUUCAUUGUCAAGUUAAAGAUGCUUUUCGCCUUCCCUUGGGAACGCAUUCGCAAGGGCAGUGUCUUGACUAUGAAACUGCGCGGCCAGAUAUCUGACCAGCUAAAGAGCCGUUUCUCUUCAGGACUGUCUCUGCCACAAAUUUGUGAGAAUUUCAUAAAAGCUGCAUAUGAUCCUCGGAUUAGUGGCGUUUACCUUCACAUUGAACCAUUAAAUUGUGGUUGGGGAAAAGUUGAAGAAAUUCGGAGACAUAUCUUGAAUUUUAAGAAAUCAGGUAAAUUCCUUAUUGCAUAUGUCCCUGUGUUUGGGGAGAAAGAGUAUUAUCUUGCCUGCGCAUGCGAAGAGCUUUAUGCCCCACCAAGUGCCUAUUUUUCUUUGUAUGGUUUGACUGUUCAAGCAUCAUUCCUUAGAGGUAUUCUUGAGAAAGUAGGUAUUGAACCAGAAGUGCAAAGGAUUGGUAAAUAUAAAAGUGCUGGAGACCAGCUUAUGCGCAAGAGUAUGUCUGAAGAAAAUUGCAAGAUGCUUACUGCAUUGCUAGAUAACAUCUAUGGGAAUUGGGUGGAUGUUGUUUCUUCUACAAAAGGAAAGAAGCGACAAGAUAUUGAGAAAUUCAUUAAUGAAGGAGUCUAUAAAGUAGAAAGUCUGAAGGAAAAGGGCUUGAUAACAGAUAUUCAUUAUGAUGAUGAGAUUAUCUCAAUGUUGAAAGAGAGACUCGGGAUCCAAAAGGAUAAAAAUCUUCCACUGGUUGAUUACAGGAAAUACUCUAGUGUUAGGAAGUGGACUCUUGGUUUAACUGGUGGUAGAGACCAAAUAGCAGUGAUCAGAGCCUCUGGGAGCAUUAGUCGUGUCCGAAGCCCAUUAAGUACACCUACUUCAGGUGUCAUUGGGGAGCAGAUCAUUGAGAAGAUUCGUAGGAUCAGAGAGUCAAAACGAUACAAAGCUGCUAUCAUCCGAAUUGAUAGCCCAGGAGGUGAUGCUCUUGCUUCAGAUUUAAUGUGGAGGGAAAUCAGGCUUUUGGCUGCAUCAAAACCUGUCAUUGCAUCCAUGUCUGAUGUGGCAGCUAGCGGGGGAUACUAUAUGGCUAUGGCAGCUGGGACCAUUGUUGCAGAGAAUCUAACCUUGACUGGUUCAAUAGGAGUUGUCACAGGGAGGUUUAGUUUGGAGAAAUUAUAUGAGAAAAUUGGAUUCAAUAAGGAGAUCAUAUCAAGAGGAAGAUUUUCUGAACUCCGUGCUGCUGACCAACGAACUCUCAGACCAGAUGAAGCAGAACUUUUUGCCAAUUCCGCACAGAAUACGUAUAAGCAAUUUCGGGAUAAGGCAGCCUUUUCAAGAUCAAUGAGUAUAGAUGAGAUGGAAGAGGUUGCACAAGGUAGAGUAUGGACGGGUAAAGAUGCUGCUUCACAUGGUUUGAUUGAUGCUAUUGGUGGGUAUUCUCGUGCUAUUGCCAUUGCAAAACAAAAGGCCAACAUACCCCCAGACACAAAGGUUACUCUUGUUGAGCUGUCAAGGCCCUCUCCAACGCUGCCAGAGAUCUUAAGUGGCAUAGGGAAUUCCUUAGUCGGAGUUGACAGAGCAGUAAAAGAACUCUUACAAGACUUGACAUACUCUGAUGGAGUUCAAGCUCGAAUGGACGGAAUCAUGUUCCAGAGACUAGAAGGAUACACUAAUGCCAGCCCCAUCUUCAGUUUGAUAAAAGAUUACCUCAGUUCACUUUGACCUCUGAAAGUUACCUCAUUUCUUCCUUUUUCUUUUCUUCCAUAAUACAUUUUUUUUUCCUUUACAUUAUUUUAGAUAGAUCCUCUAUACAAAUGCUGGUGAGAAACAGGAUCCAGUGAUCCAGCCUGUUUCUAAGAAAAAGGGGUAGUCAAAUAUGGGCGGUCUGUAAUGUUUAAUACUCCAAAAACCAAAGCAUUUGAUUAUUUGCACAUUAAGGUUUUCAAGUGUGAAUAAGAUCGUCGGCAGAGGCGGCGAAAGGGGGACCCUGAGGGGCGCAGCCCCCCUAAACUUUUAAAAAUAAAAAUUUCGGUCCAUU